CAAGCCGUGGGACUGUACAAGUGUGUGCACACGUGUUGCUGCUGCUGCUGUUGCUGCUGUUCGAAAUGAGCGCUAUACCACAAACCGAUAACUGGAUCGACUUCUUUAAAGUGUACCGCCAGCUACCUGCGCUGUGGAGCGUCUACGACGAGGUAUACAAAAACCAGCGCAUGAAGAAACUGGCCUUCAACUGUUUGCUGGAGUGCUACAAAAAGAUCGAUUCGAAGGCAAAUGUGGACAGCAUGCGUCGCAAAAUAAACAGCAUAAGGACCUGCUUUCGCCGCGAAUUGCGCAAAGUGGAGCAGAGCGAGCAGAUGGCGGAGAGCACGCAUGAGGUCUACGUGCCACAUUUUGUGGUACUUCAAUGAGCUGUCCUUUCUGCGUGGCCACGAUGCCAGGACACCUCAACUCGCAUCCCUGGCGGAGACUAGCGAUAUGUUCUGGAAUGACGAUGACCACGACGAGAAUGAGUCCAAAAACGAAUUGAAUGACGACAAGGACAACGACUCUGAGAAGGAAAGCAAAGUUUUGGAUUAUUUGGACUAUACUUUUGCAGUUCGUGCCUAAUGCAUCGCCUCUUAAUCACUCUUCCCUGGAGCUUACUUCGCCUGCAGUUGAGCAAGCACAGAGCCCAACACACUUCCAGCCGAAUCUUUCACUUACUCCAAAUCUUCGCCAGAAUUUGCGUGAUGAGGCCGACAUCUAUGCAGAGGGCUGGGCCACAUCCUAUCGUAAAUUGGAUCAGACGAACAAGCUGCUGGCCAAAAAGGCGAUCGAGGAGAUUUUGGUGCUGGGACAGCUAAACCAAUUAGAGUUUAAUUCCGUUAAAAUGCCUAACUCACUACAAAUAAAAUAAAAAUAAUUAA